AUGCCGACGUCAUCCAUGGCCGAUCUUAGUGGUGACGCUGCGAGUGACGAAGAAGGCAUGACGAACGAUAACGAUAGUCAGACAUCAGACGAAACAACAAGUGACAAAGAUUUGAUGGACGCCGAUCGCCAGUCAAUAAACGAAUCAGCUAGUGAUAAUGACAUGGCUGAUGAAGUAGCCAGUGUGGAUGAAGGAGAAGAUGAAGAAAUAUGCACAGAUCGGUCAUGUGGAACAGUAGGUAAUAUGUAA